AUGGAGGAAACGAUAUUUCGCUCAGGUCUGCAGGAGGAGGAGGAGGAGGGGGAGGUCGUUGUCAAUGGAGCUGCCGAGUACGUAAGUAUCAGGGAGCCCCACUUCCCCCCAGGCAGCGUGGUCUGUCUCGAGGGGGUCACUGAAGUCAGCAAAGACAUUCAGCGUGUCCACAGUCAGCACAGUCCCCGGGAAGGCAUGCAGGACGUUGUGGAACUUCUUUUGCACCUGUUUGGAGCUGCUCAUUGGGCAAGCGUAUCUGCUGAAGACAGCGGAGGAUUUGGCUUCCCGAAGAGGCAGACGCGGACUCAUGAUAUGUUGGCUGACGUCCUGCGGAGGAGAAGGGAGCCACCCCACGAUUUCGUUACGGACGACAAAGGCGGCGCCAGCGUCACGUCGCUUUAA